AUGUCGGCUCCGUCCCAAUCGACCGACACCCCGGCGCUGUCGGCGCAGCAGCAGCAGCCCGCAGACGCCCCGCCAGUGUAUGGCUCGCCUCCGUCGGACUUUGAGGCGCAGCAGCCGAAGAACAUGGAUGGCCAGCCCGAGGGCGGACCGCACGUCAUGUCUGCGACGGACCAGAAUGACGGAAACGACGCCGCUGCGGAGGCGCUGGUGCGCGAGUUCGAAGCGUACGACUUUGGCAACGACGCCGAGUUCCGGAAAGGACUUCCGGCGAUUUUGAAGCAAGCCAAAGGCAAGUCUGCGGACAUUGACGCAAUCAUCGGCCGCGCGCAAUGGUUCUACUUCGGCAAGUUGCGCGGCGUAUCGGUCCCCUUCGAAGUGUAUCGCAAGUACAGAAAGGGCGAGCUCGAGUCGCGCCCAAUGGGCACGAACAAGAAGUUUGGAUCUCUCAUGUCGGGCGGCCAGGGAGCUCCCUCUGGCUCGCCUUCGUCUGGAUCCGCGCCGACGCCUGGAUCGCAGAGUGGACAGGGACCAUCAGGCGCUGGGGCCAUCGGCGCGGCUGCAGGCGGCGCGACACAGUCGCAGGCUCAAGCGGACCAGGCGGGCAGGAAGGGUUCGGUCAGCGUGCAUGGCGAGGGCAUCAGUGUCGUGUCGGCCGAGGAUGAUGUCGCGGUCACGCGCGCCGCGGUCGUGGUGGAGAGCUCUGGCGUCCAGGCUGCGGGGACGGCGGGCGAACCCAGUAACGACAUGCCGUUCGACCAGGUCGUUCGCCUCAUCCAGGAAGGUCGCGCGAACGAGGUCCCUCGCAAGGAGAUCCCGGAGGGUCUGAACGACGAGCCGGCGAGUGAGAGCAAGAUGGCACCAAGGAGGAAGCCCUGGGAGACUGCCUCAACUUCGUCUGUUCCCGCGGCAUCCAACGACACCCCCAGCCAAACCGCCGGCUCAGCUCAACCUCAGGGAGAAGCCGCCCAGCAGCAGGCUCCGGCACAGUGA